GUCAUGCAACUUUAGGCUUGAUCGCAUUGUCGUCCAAAAAUCGUGUGUAUAAUGUCGUGUGCAUAGUAGUGUAGCCCCCCACCCCACGCCAGCACUGCCGCCCUGCCCCGGCGCCGCCGCCGUCGCGCGCUGAGCUGCAAAUCUUCCUCUGUAUAUUCGACGUUUCCUCUGACGCCGCCACCUCCGUGCCCCAAUGCACCGCCUCUCAUCUACUUCGCGACUUCCCAUCUCCUUCAUGGCAUCUUCCCCGCCUCGCUGGUGGCCUUCAGCGCUUGCCCGACGAGUUAUCCCACUCUUGGCGGCUCCAAAUCCACCUGCCCGUCGUCUUUCCCGAUUUCCUCAUGGAUCUCAGAACCUGGCCACCGUCAGUCGAGUACAAGGCGAUGAGUCUGGUAAACCAUAUAGACGGCUGCCCAUCUCGAUCGCUCAAAUCAUGAAAAGAAUGAAAAAUACUGGGACGAGGGGCACUGUCUCGGAGGUUAUAGAUGAAGACGAGGGGAAAAGUGAUAAAGAUGCUUUUAGGACAACCUCAGAGGUUAUGGAUGACAAAAGUGAUACAUGGGGCCAAAAUGUGAACUUACCUGGUUUUGAGGAAGACCGAAGUAGCGCAGCCAAGAAUCACAUUACUAGAAUCGCUGUCAGUGAGGAUGAAGGACUCAGUGAUGACGAAGGAUUUAGUGUGAACGGUAUACUUGCAAAAAGCAGACACCGUGACGGUUCUAUAUACAGGGGUAUUGAUUUAUUUCAUUGGAAAGAAGAGUAUCGUAUUGCAGACCGUAAUGAGACUCGGUUGGAGGCAAUGACACUAUCAGAUCCUGCUGCAAAUUGCAAAGUUCACAAUGGAAUUUGUACUAGACAUAUUGCUCGUAGCAUGCUGCAAAUCUACUCAUUAGAGUUGGCUAAAAUUCCUGUGGAUGGCUUCGUAGAGUUGUAUGGAUAUGUAGCAGUUCGGGAUGACCUGGAUCCAUUGCUUAAUUAUGUUGUCAAUAUUAGCAGGGAUGACCCCGUCAUCGUGGAGCAGGGUUCUCUCAUCAACAUGAUUGGCCCCAAGCGAGGGAUAGAUAUGGCAGAUCAUGCUCUACUUGAAUAUGACAUGAAGAUCAAGUCAGGCGAACAAGAAAAAGAUGACCUACAGCUGAUUGAUGGUGCAUCAUUCAUAGGCCCCUUGGGCUCAUGGGAUCAGCCAUGCACGUUUCACAUUGCUGGCGAUUGUGGCUCAGUUGACAUAACUUUGUCACGUCUUUUACACGCAGUUGAGGCGACCGUAGAGGUUCUCAUAUUGGAAGUGAAAAACAGUUUCAGUUUGUCCGUCAGAUGUUUAGCCAGUGGGUUUAAUGAAGAAAUCCGGCUCUUUGAUGGAACCAUCGCUGAUUCACAAGGCCUAAAGAGGUCGGUGGUUGCUGUAAUGGACAAUUCUUUUAUAGAUUUGAAGUUCAAGGUAGGCGCACUGUCAUCCAGUUCCGACCAACAUUGCUGUUCCUUCAAGGUGAAAAUGCAUGGGCAUGAUAUUGAAGAAAUAAAGACUGAUUUUGCAUUAAUCUUAGUGAAGGUGAUUUGGUCGACCUUGCCUAGGGGCUUUUCCGGUUAAGGUUUGUCCGGCCAUGUGUCUGAUGGGCUGGCUCGUGACUAACUUGUGGAGUGUAAUAAUCAAAACUAUUCUGGCAAGUCUUUGCAUACUCAGUCGAGAGGCCAUAAUUUGCUUAUUAUCAAAACACCACACCACAAGCUAGUGCUAUGGUUGGGUCCUUCUGGUGGCAAGACGUCUGUUCAUUGAUGCAUUCUUUCCGUGGAAUUUCGGUCUGCUCUCCUCAUAAUGGUCUAUCAGUGUUGUUUUGGAAAGAUAACUGGUGGUGUGACCCUCUAAUGGCCCAUAAAUUCCCACGCCUGUUCUCAUAUGCAAUUAAUCCUGAUGUUUCGUUGGCCGAGCUCUUGGGUUCAAGGGAUUUGCGUGAACUUGCGAUGAACUUUGUCCUCUCUCAGAGCAAGCUUUUGUUGAAUUGCAAGAACUGGGGGUGCUUCUCCUGGAGCUCAAUAUGGAUCAGGAGGCUCGUUCUGGUCAGACUGCUGGUUUUUUCAGGUACCCCAGGGACGGGAUACUGCAGCUGGCUUGUUUGCCGGUCUAGAGUGUCCAUCUAUUUUCAAGAAAAUGUGGAAAAGCAAGUGCAUGCCAAAACUGAAGGUGUUUAUUUGGCUGCUGUUGGUUGACCGACUCAAUACCCACGACAUGUUGGAUAGAAGACACUGGCACAUGGAUUCGGGAUUAAAUUGUGCUUUGUGUGCAAGCAACAGCAGAGACCAGAGAUCACCUUUUCUUCAACUGUACAUUUGCUCGCUGUUGCUGGAGGCAGGUUGGUAUACACUGGACCCAAAAUCAUGAUGUGGCUGCCAUGUUCCGCUCGGCUAAACAAUCUUUUACUGGCCCUUGUUUCUUUGCGGUGGCAACUUGUGUUUCGUGGAUUGUGCGGAAACGACACAAUGCUUAUAUAUUUCAGCAUCAGACACCUUCUUUGGC